AUGUUUUUCAUGGAGGUCCAAUCUUUACAAACAUCAGAGAAUCUCACACAGGGGAGAAACCAUAUUCCUGUCCUGAGUGUGGAAAUGUUUUUCACAGAAGUCCCAUCUUUCCAGACAUCAGAGCUCUCACACGGGAGAAACCAGUUUUGCCCUGUCCUGAAGUGA